AUGUGUUCUAGCCGGAGUAUCUGCGGGGGCGGCGAGCGUCCCAGGUCCUCCAGCUCCAGGAGCGGCUCGGGGGCCCACUACGCCCUGUGCGCCCUGGGCGUGGGGCUCAUCGCCCUGGGCAUUGUCAUGAUAGUGUGGGUCGUGAUACCCGUGGACGGGGAGGACUCCGGGACGUCUCCGACCUCGGCGGGAAACUCCACCACGGAGAUCGACAACGGCGACGAGGACGACGAUGAACGCACAAAGUCCUCGUCGGUGGCGUUCGUGCUGGUGGGGGUCGGGGUGGUCAUGCUGCUCCUGUCCAUUUGCCUGGGUGUGAGAAACAAGAGGAGGGCUCAGAGCAGCAGCGACCAGCCGGGGGAAGUGGAAGAUCGCUUCAUGCAGCACGUGCCGGGGGAGGGGCCAGCAGCGGUGGAGCCGGACGCCUACAACGUGCCCAGCUACGAGGAAGUUGUGGGCAGCGGCGAGUACCCCGUCCGCCACAGCAACCUCCGGCAGAGCACUUCGCAGCUGCCGUCCUACGAGGACAUCCUGGCGGCCGUGGAAAACGAGGGACGGGAGCUCGCCGGCAACAACGCGGCGGAGGGCUCCCCUCUCAACGGCCCCCCGGCGGCGCCCGCCCAGGCCGCCGCCGCCGAGCCUCAGGGGGAGCACGCCGGCCUCACAGCCAACCCCAGCCUACCGGCUCGCAGCAGCAGCCGGGCCAGCCGCCUGCUGCGGCCCCUCCGGGUGAGGAGGAUCAAGUCAGACAAACUCCACCUGAAGGACUUCCGCCUCCAGAUCCGCACCCCCACACAGAACCCCGUGACCAUCGAACCCAUCACUCCGCCUCCACAGUAUGAUAAUAAAAUGCCCGAAUUACAGUAG